CCGCGAAAUCCCGCAUCUCUAUAACGCAUAAGUCGUCGCGCGGCGCUAUCCCACUCGUGUAUGCAUUUCCUCCAAUUUCGCAUAAAACGCGUCACGCGCUCAGCUUGCAGCUUGGUCCCCCUAGCCCGAGUUGUGACAAGAUAUAAGUCAGUUCACAUCGACCUCGAUCAACCAUUCAAUCCAGUCUACUUCUCUCCUCCUUCUCACCAUCACAACUACACUCUCGAGUAAUCACUCACCCACUACACUCUUCACCCCUCACCAACCCCCCAAACAACAACUCUAGCAACAAUGUCCGGUCGUGGUAAAGGUGGAAAGGGUCUCGGAAAGGGUGGUGCCAAGCGUCACAGGAAGGUCCUCCGUGACAACAUCCAGGGAAUCACCAAGCCCGCUAUCCGACGUCUCGCUCGACGAGGUGGUGUUAAGCGAAUCUCCGGAUUGAUCUACGAGGAGACCCGAGGAGUCCUCAAGACUUUCCUCGAGGGUACUAUUAGGGACGCCGUUACCUACACUGAGCACGCUAAGCGAAAGACCGUCACCUCCCUCGACGUCGUUUACGCCCUCAAGAGGCAGGGAAGGACCCUUUACGGUUUCGGAAACUAAGCCGUUCCCUUCCAACAUCACCAACCUUCACAAUACAACAUUUCGCCUCUUCGUUCCUUUUCUUUUGGCUUGAACAACCAACCACAACCAUCUUCCGACAUUCGAUCUUCGCUCUCAAUCAUGGCACUCGCCUCUUAUCAUCUUGACCGCCAUUCCGAUUCCUCGAACAAGGAUCCACGUGCACAUCGGUGCUUUCGCCUGGCCAGCAGGGCAUCGAGGGUUCAUUCGGGCUCGGGACGAACGACAGGGUGAUUCGUCGGCGGGCUUAGCCUGUACCACUUGAAACCAUUGUGUUCGACGCUGUUCUUUCUUGUAUCCAAUUAGCAACAAUAUUUGCAUACCGUGCUCGCGUCGAA